CAGGGGGAGGGGCCUAUUUGCCAGGCGACUAACUCUGCCACAUCACAACAUCCAGAGAUCGAUCAGAGGCAGCUUUAAACAGAGCCUGUGAGCUGGAGGUUGGUUUCUCUUCCUCCCUCCUGGUUCUGCUGGUGUUACCCGAACAGGCCGGCGGCCAUGGCGAAGGACCCUCUGGCAGAGGCAGGCUUUUAUUUUGAUGAACUCAACAAGCUGCGGGUGCUUGAGCCUGACGUCAGCCAGAAGACUACGGAGCUGAAGGAAGAGUGCAAAGAGUUCGUGGACAAAAUCGGCCAGUUUCAAAAGAUUGUCGGCGGUCUGAUAGAAAUGGUUGAUGAACUGGCAAAAGAAGCAGAAACUGAGAAAAUGAAGGCAAUCGGAGCCAGAAAUCUGCUGAAGUCGGUGGCAAAACAAAGAGAAGCUCAGCAGCAGCAGCUUCAGGCGCUAAUAGCAGAAAAGAAAAUGCAGCUUGAGAGGUAAGAGAGCAACAGAAACUGUGAUUAGUUCUGAUGUGGCGCUAAAAUGACGUCAGUUUUUCUUUGUUUUGUCCCACUUAAAUGUUUCAGAUUAAAAGGAUUUGACUAUAAGUCAAAGAUAACCUGAU